UCACGGGCAGUAAGCGACGCCUCUAGAUGACGUAUUUCUAAAGCGCCCUACUCUGUUUACCUGUCCCUUCUCUUACAGACUGUAUAAAGAUGGCGGCCUCCAUAUCUCAGCAGCUGGAAGAGCUAUUGAACCCUUUGCCCAAGUUCGAGGAUCCCGAGGACGACCAGGAGGAAGCUACUAGAGCCAGAGUAAUAGAAACCUUUGACGAAGGGGAACCUGAAGAAGAACCUCUUGCAGUUAGCAGGCUGCGCAAACAUGCCUCAACCUUUCUGUCAGAUACAGACAAGAGAUACGUGGGAAGGGCCACCUCCCGGAAAGCACUGCAGGAGGAGUCUGAGGAAUCAGUUUCUGCAGGCGAGGAAGGGGACUCCGGGGAGGAGGAGGAGGAGGAGGAUUCAGGUGCCGAUGAAGAUCCUGAGGAGGAGCUGGAAGAAUCGUCUGAGGAGGGGCAGCAGGACUCGGACUCGGGCGAGCAAGAGCUGAAGGCACUGGUCCGUAAGAUGAAGAGCAAUGGCCUCGACCUCCCCAAAGUGACCGACUUUGAGAAGUUUACUGAAGGGAUGGAUGACAUCGGAGACAGCGAUGAUGAGGAAGAAGAAGAAGAAGAGAGUGAAGAGGAGUCUGAGGAAGAGGGAAUGGAGGAGGAUGGGGCUGUGAUGACGUUCUCUAAAGAGAAAGUCGGCGAAGAGGUCAAAAAAGGGAAAGCUGUAAAAAAACAAAUUGCUUUAUGGGACCAGUUGUUGGAAGGGCGAAUCAAAUUGCAGAAGGCUCUCUUAACAGCCAAUCAGCUUCCACAGCCUGAGACCUUUCCUGCGUUUAAGAUGAUGGGCGGAGCCGAGAUGGCGGGCGCUCUGAAGAACAGUUACAAGGCCCUGAAGGCUCUGCAGAGGUCCCUGGCAGAGCUUCAAGAUGAGCUGCUCUAUCAGCACCCCGACACAAAGCAUUUAAUAGAUGGCAAGAAAGCAAAGGCUGACAGCGAGGAUGACGAGGAGAUCCCUAGUGAGGAGGAAGAGGAGGAGGAGGAGACGGGAGGGGGAGAGACCCGGAAGGGCCCCCCCAAACGGAAGCUGGAUAUGGAGGAGUACCCGGAGUUCAUGGCCAAGCGCUUUGCAGAUUUCAGGACGUACCGCAACAGCACGCUGCAGAAAUGGCACGACAAGACCAAGCUCUCCUCCGGCAAGAUGGGCAAGGGUUUCGCUGCGUUUGAACGCAACAUCCUCACUCAGGUUGAACAGAUCAUGCUGUCGAAGGAGCGGCUCUUGAAACGGACACAGACCAAGCGGUCAGAAUACAGGGUCCUGGGGCAGCCGGAGCAGGAAGUCACUGCGGCCAUGGUGCUUGACCCCAAGGCACCGGAGGCGGAGUCCACAGCGAGGGCUAAUGCACAUCUCAAAGACCUGGAUGAAGAGAUUUUCGACGAUGAUGAUUUUUACCAUCAGCUUCUCCGAGAACUGAUUGAGAAGAAGACCAGCGCGUUGGAUGCCAACGAUCAAGUCGCUAUGGGCAGACAGUGGCUGGCCAUUCAGAAACUCCGAAGCAAGAUCAAAAAGAAGAUGGACACGAAAGCCAGCAAAGGAAGGAAAGUGAGAUUCCACGCCCACAGUAAGCUGGUGAACUUCAUGGCACCUAUUGACCACAGCACAAUGAAUGAUGAUGCCCGGACGGAGCUGUACAGAUCGUUAUUUGGGAAGAUCGCCCCUCCAGAAGUGCGGCUGCUGCAGUAGACUGUCUGUCAGUCAGAUGGGCACAGCUGCCAGAGCUCUCGAACCUGAAUGUUCUCCAGGCCUUCCUGCAAACCAGGACCUGCUUCAGCAUUUAAGAGCCUCCCUUUUCCCUUCUGCCAAAAUAAUCGGUCAGGGGCGGAGAGCAGCGUAUGCUUGUCCUCUUCUGAACUCAAUAUUCUGAUCCACCUUGAGAAAAUGAAACUCUUCUGUGGCCAGUUCACAUCAAGCAGGCAGGCAGGCAGGCAGGCUGGCUUCCAGAGGCCAGCAGAUCCAAAUGAUCCGGGAGUCCUAGCAGUCUCGGCCCGGUCCACACCCUUCGCAGGCAGACUCCCAAACGCAAUCACUUUUAUUUGUAUUUUUUUUUUUUUUUUUACCAGAUUUGUUUUUAUUUCAAAAAUUAGUAAAUUCUGUAUGAAAAAAGGGGGAGGAUGUUUUUGUUUUCAAUUAAAAAAAAAAAAAAAGAAGACCCCUGUGUAAUAUUUCUGCUGAAGUGUAAAAGCCUCGACCUGGGGUUGGCCGUGCUCUGGCUCCAGGGUGGAGCGUGUCAGUUUUCUGAGCUGCAAAGCUUCAGAUGCUACAGCUUGACCAGGGACACAAUGUAAAAACUGCAAGUGUGCAAGAAGAGCCACGAUUCUUAACUCCAGAAGUGUGCAAUCUCUGAGAAGGGAAGUUAAUCUCAUAUUCAAGGUUAGACUGCUAGACUGUCAUAAGGAGGCUAAUUCACUAGCAUGCUGUGCUGUUCUCCUUGGUUGACUGGGUUCAAAUCCAACUGAUUUCUUCCUUUUAUUUUCAAAGAAUUAGUUAAUUGACUUUAUAUAUAAUGUGAACCAUAGAGUACAGAGGAGGCUGCCAUAAGAUGACUGGCCUGGGAUUGACUUUUUAGGAUCUAUUGAAUCCUUUGAUUAGGAAUCCCUGAAAACAUAUAAGAUAUAAAACAUAUAGUAUAGGAAAGUGCAAUGUGUUUAGAACACAUACAAUAUGCUUACACUUUUUUACUGUGGAAUCUAAUUACCUGAUAUGUAGCACAGUAAUUAGCAAAAGCAGAUCCCACAGUACAGUACAGCAGUGCUACUCUGGCAACCAACAUGAAUGAAAAAGUGACUAGGGUGGGAUAUGUGUUUGUUUUGUUGCAACGGCUUUCCUGUGAGUACAAAUCCCCUAACCUGGCAGUGUUUCUGGUCAGGAGAUUACCAGUAUAACAUUGCCCACACUUCCUAUGGCUUCCCACAAGCCUUACCUGUGCCAUUCUGUAACUGGCAUCAGGUGAUUCUCUAUUGUGAGCCGAGCGAUCAAGAGCCAGAACGCUUCUCCUGCCUGCUGAUCAUGGCAGCCAAAAAAAAAUAAACCACACAGAGAUAUAAUAAGAAUCCUGUGUCUCCUAGCUCUGUGAGAAAGCUCUUUUGUGUUUGCUGGCAUAGUGGUGUAACAUGAAAUAGUGUUGCUGUACCAGGGUCCAUGCUUGGGCACGUUACAAUUCCUGUUCUUCGCAACACUAUAAAAUUCUAUUUUGAGACAAACAACUUCAUUUUCCAGCAUGUCUCUAAUUAGCUGCGGAAUUAGUGAGGCUGACAGGCCUCCAUAGAUCAGACAGAGCCUCGAGGGAGGCCAGUGGGAGUAGAGCAAGUCGCAUUUCCAAUUAUUGUGUUGAAUUGCUAAUUUAGUUAUUGUGCUUGCCGUAAUUGUGAUGGGUAUUGGGUGUGCGAUUCAAUUUGUUUGAAAUAUUUGUGGGCUGGCGGCUCGGUAAUGGAGCUGACCUAUCUAGCAGGAAGGAAAAGACGAAAACAAAGAAGUAAAAAAAAAAAAAAAAAAACUACAAAGACGUCAUUUCGUUCUUUUUUUGGGGGGGUUUUGAUCGCCCUCAUCCCUCUUAAGACGGUUGAAGUUAAAAAGCUUGAAAUUUACAAAAAUAACACUUUGAUCAUCUGCUACUAAAAAGCAUCAAGCUUCAGACUCAUUUUUAAGGACUAGUCCGGCGAUAGACUGCAAAACACAUUUUCUCACUUCCAAUUUAUUGUUUUAAAAAGCUAGUUAGCUGUUCACAUCAAGCGGGUGUUAAUAUGCGAGUCAUUAUCCAAGCAGCUCGGAAAUACUCCUGCUUGAUGAUAACAUUCCCUUCAUCUGAUAUCUCUGAUGCACCUGUUAGGUUUGACUAAGCGCAGUAUUUGCUAGACGAAUGCAAAUGAGUAAUGAAGGCAAUGUUGUUAUUAUUAUUAUUAUUAUUAUUAUUUAUUUAUUUAUUUAUUUCUUAGCAGAUGCCCUUAUCCAGGGCGACUUACAAUUGUUACAAGAUAUCACAUUAUACAGAUAUCACAUUAUUUUUACAUACAAUUACCCUUUUAUACAGUUGGGUUUUUACUGGAGCAAUCUAGGUAAAGUACCUUGCUCAAGGGUACAACAGCAGUGUCCCCCACUGGGGAUUGAACCCACAACCCUCUGGUCAAGAGUCCAGAGCCCUAACCACUACUCCACACUGCUGCCCAAUGUUAAUGUUGUAAGCACACCAGUUGAGCUCCGUCUGUGCACAUACUUGACGAGUCCUACAUUUUAAAUGUGCUUGUGAUGCCCUGACUUGCUGCUUGAGCCACUUCAAUAAGCAUUCGCACAGGAUUGUAUUGAUUAGGGAUGCCACAGGACCUACUGUACCGCACAUGCUGUACUUGCAUGCAUGUUCCAGGAGAUUUGUAAUAAAAAAAUACAUGAAUAAAUAAACAAAAAGCAAAAUGUAUACAUUUUACAACAUGUUUAAAAUGGUUUUACAAAAAAAAAAAAAUAGUGCACAAAGUUUUGAGUUGGAGAAGUUUUGCUGUAAUUUGUCCCGUGUGACUUCACAGAUAUUUACCUGUAUGGACACUUUCUUUUUCUAUUUUGACUUUUUUGCAGAGGUAUUAAAUAAUAAAAACAGACGCAGUCCUCUUUCCAGUACUUGAUGUUUAUUAACAGGACAUUAUGAGGUCACUGAAUUGCCACAGUAACUUCUGAACAAGCUGUUUCUACACAGAGAGAACAGCGGAAAGCAGACAGUAACAAACAAACACGACUUAAUUUACAAACUCAUUCGGGACUUUUUAACAAGUAAAAAAAGAAGCAUAUUUGACCUUUGUGUGUUACUGGGUAUAAUCUGCGUUAGCUACACCAAUCUCUUUAUAAUAAUUUUAAAAAGCGUCAAAUUAAAAUAAUCUAUACAGUGACAUGCAGCUAUUUGAUGGUGGUUGUUGUGUUUUUUUUUUUUUUUUUUU